GUGCGCAGAUAGAUGCGCAGUCGGCGCGUCUCGUGGUCGGUAUCAUGGCGGCCUCGAACCGUGAGAUUUGGAGGUUCCGCUAAAAGUAAAUUAAAGUUACGGAUAGUCGCUCACCAUUUUUUUUUUAAUUUGUGCAUUUCGCGGGUGCUCGUCAAAACGUCUACCAAUGUUGAAGCAGUUGCAAAUGGGACUUCGAGCCUUCCUCCUACUGGCUUCGAAAAUAUGGAGUUUUGUAUGUUAUGUUGUUAGAAAACAGGUUCGAGCGGUCAUACAACACCAGACAAUCAAGUAUGACGUUCUGCCCCUCUCUCCACUUUCCAAGCAUAGGCUAAGCUUGGUGAAACGGAAGAUACUAGUCCUUGACUUGGACGAAACGCUGAUUCACUCGCACCAUGAUGGUGUCAUCAGGCAAAUGGUCAAGCCGGGAACGCCGCCCGACUUUGUCCUAAAGGUCACAAUAGAUCGUCAUCCAGUUCGCUUCUUCGUUCACAAGCGUCCACAUGUUGACUACUUCCUCGAUGUUGUAAGCCAGUGGUACGAGCUGGUUGUGUUCACGGCCAGCAUGGAGAUCUACGGUGCUGCCGUGGCCGACAAGCUCGACAACAACCGUGGAAUUCUCAGGAAGCGCUACUAUCGACAACACUGUACACUUGAUUACGGGAGCUACACCAAAGAUCUCUCCGCCAUCACGCAAGAUCUGUCGAGCAUUUUCAUCUUGGACAACUCGCCUGGUGCAUAUCGGUCCUAUCCAGACAAUGCCAUUCCCAUCAAGUCAUGGUUCUCGGACCCGAGGGACAUGGCGCUGCUCAACCUCCUGCCCGUGUUGGACGCGCUGCGCUUCACCAGUGACGUGCGCUCGGUGCUGAGCCGUAACCUACACCUUCACAACAUGUGGUAGCGUUCGCUGUGGACACCUUGUCAUCUCCUCCGGGCUGUACAACGCCCGAAUCGCCGUUGUCAACACCUCCGGGGCGACGUCCCAAGCUCCUUCCUGUCCGCCUCCACAUCCGAGCCCCCCAGAGCCCAAACUUGGCGUCGGUCCGAGUCGGGUUACGGUGGACGACGUUCGUUUCGCAGACGUCCCCUGCGGUUGCCGAAACUUCGUUGAACCAACGAUGAGCUCGGCCCCUACGGAUUCUCCGCAGGAGUCAUCGGCACCUCGACGGGACCUGCUCGUCGCAUCGUGCACAGCCGUGGCUUCGCUGCCGACUGAUGCCCGUGCGGACCUUGGCUCUUCGAGUAGAGUAAAGGGGAGGACCUGGUUGAUGCCUCUCCUCGCUCUCUGCUUCCUUCGUGACAAGCCAUUUCAUGUUCCUGGUGGUCUCUGUUUGCCUGCAACCCCCCAAAAAUAUGCGCCCACACAACUCCCACCACUACCGAAUGCAUUCAAGGUGUCAGCACCAGCGUAACCGUUGUUACAGUUGGAAUUGUAAAAGGGUGUUUUCAUGCUCUUUUUCUCUGCAGCCGUCGUUAUCCGGCUUCUGCCUCGAAAGAACGUGGCAAAAGUAUGCGAGGCUGUGUUGUGUGUAUCGGCCACGCGCAUGGAACACGGGGCACAAUGAUGUUCCGUUGUUUAUGUUUGGGUGAUGCGACUUCGCGCCUCGAAAAGGACUUCUUUUGUUAGGAAACGAAUUCUUUUCAAGAUCGCUAAGAGCGGGCACGAGUGUUUCAGCGCCAACACCGAGGGGUAUGCGCCGCCCGUCCGUUGCCGUGCCGUAAAAAUGCUCGACGCAAUCUAUACAAAAGCACACUGUGCCAUCACGCACGUCUGGGCCUUGGUACAGCACUGGUACGGCUGUUGUGGUUGUUUGAUCGGCAGACUUUAGCUCUAGAACAGUUAUUUUUUCUUCUCUUUCCGCGAAAGGUGAUAGAGGGAUGGAUGAAAUGUCGGUGUUAUCGACAAGUAUUGUAAACGCGAGAGACGAAUGCUAGACGGUCUUGAGAAUUGAAACUAGUAUGCUGUUUGACAUGUUGUGGGUCAAGCAUUUCACGGAACUCAUUCACUAUCUUGAAAGUCACUGCGCCUUUAUCUUGACUCACUGGAUUCAUGUUGUACUCUGUAUCGUCAUACAAGAUGGUUCAUUGUUUAAAACGAUAAAUCAAUGUGUGCUGCAGUAAUUCUGUGGUGUAAGCAGGAUGCAGGCACAUUUUUUUUGUAUGCUGGUGGUACAAAUAUGUUCUUUGCAUUGAAAGUUUUGCAGUCACUGCUUGAAAUCUUGUCUUCUUUUAAUAUAAGCUUAAUUGUAGGUCCGGAAUAUCACAUUUUCCUCUGCUUCCUUUGCCCUUCCGUCACCAGAGACUGCACUCUUUAUUGAUCACCUUGGAGGACACUUUCAUUACCGCGUGACGACACAUAUGGUGCAACGUCUCACUAAAGUGACAGACGCUGUGCCUGUGGAAAGUUGUUUCCCCGAAAGUGAUUGAUCAAGAAUACUGCUCGAAGACUUGUUGAAAACAUUUUUUUCUAAGUGAGUCAUUUCAUACCUAGUUCAUUUCAAGCGUAAAUGUGUUGGCCAUGCUGCUGUGUCAAUAUUUUUUGUUCCUUGGUGUUGUGUUUAACGAAAAAUCGUAUUUUCUUCAUCUUUUCUGUUCUUUUGAAUGUCCUGAAAGCGUGGAUUGUGGCUGAAGCCAGAGUCUUGAGUGAAGCAGCCUUCCUGCACUCUAGUAGGGGCACGAGGUUGUUGGAACUCGAAGACUUUGCGCUCCGGCGACAUGAAAGGUACUGAUUUAGCUUGAAUCAGCCGUUUAGACCAAUUCAUUUGUUCAUUAGCUGGCCUAAACAGAAUAACUUGGAUGUGGCUUCUAUGGCUCUUGUUUUUUCCAGCUCACAUUAUUUUCAUUGUCAUGUCGUUCAGCGCUGGAGGUCUACUGACGCAAUUGUUUUGUACCAUCUGUGUCACGCUUGGUUCUAAUCACACCAUUUCAUUGGCGACCAGAGGUUGCUUGCCGAGCGUGACAUUACUUUUAAUUUACUGAUGUGCAAGUGAGCGGAUAUGUUCUCAGCGUAGCGGCACAUUCUGUCGAUUAUUUUUUUGACCUGGUGUCGCCGCCACAUAACCUAAGUCACACUUAAGUUAUUCUUAAAGUGUAUGCUAAAGGAAUCGCAUCCUUUUUUUCUUUUUUGAGGGGGUGGGGUCGGUGGUGUACAGCAGUAUAGGUACAGCCACCUCAUCACUUGUUGAGUUUUUUCCCCCCUUACUUUGUUGAAAGUGUUUUUCUUCGCGUUAUAUACUGCUGUGAUUGACUCCUCGAAAGCAAUGUUACGUGUACGAUUUUAUUUGAUGUGUCCCCACCUCCCGGCAUUACAAUUGCGCGUGCGGGUGUCACGUGGGAAAGCCUUUUCUCGUGACCCCGACUGUAUAUUUUGUACAUAAUGUACACUCAUCACACAAACACACGAGUUAGAUGUAUUCCGAAAGAGUUAUGUACGGCUCAAGCUUUUUUUCUUUGUUUUUGUACAAACGUCCUGUGAUUGUACAAAAAAAGAACGGAACGCAGAAAAAAGAAAAAGACAACUGUGAAUAAACUGAGCUAAGCUUUGAUUGUUUCAAA